AUGAGUCAAUCUCUCCGGCCAUAUCUCCAGGCUGUUCGGUCCUCCCUGACCGCGGCUCUGACGAUCUCCAACUUCGCUUCUCAGACAUCUGAACGGCACAACUGCCCAGAGGUUGAGGCGAAUUCCUCACCCGAGAUCCUGCUCAACCCGCUUCACAUCAGCAGGAAUGAGAAUGAAAAGGUUAAGAUUGAGCCAAGCUACAACUCUGUGCGCAUAAGUAUCAGAAUCAAGCAAGCCGAUGAGAUUGAACACAUCCUUGUCCACAAAUUCACCCGGUUCCUUACACAGCGCGCGGAGUCGUUCUUCAUUCUGCGCCGGAAGCCAGUGGAGGGAUAUGACAUCAGUUUCCUCAUUACAAACUUCCACACAGAAAAAAUGCUUACUCAUAAGCUCAUUGAUUUCGUGAUUGAGUUCAUGGAAGAGGUGGACAAGGAGAUUUCGGAGAUGAAGCUCUUCUUGAACGCUCGCGCUCGCUUCGUUGCCGAGUCUUUCCUCACACCGUUCGAUUAA